AUCUGCUUUUAUCUAGAAUGGUUUGUAAGCAGUUUUCAAUAGCUCUUAUCUCUUAUGUGAACCCUAUACUGUGUACUCUCCUUCUUAUAUUAACAGAGGCACACGUAUUAUGGUACACAUUUGGGAUAAUCUUCACAGUAGCGCCUCUGUUCCUGUUAGUGAACCAGCCUUCUCACCCUGUUCUCUACAGAGCGUACUUUAUUGGAGCUGUAGCUUCUGCAGGUAUUGUGCUAUGCAGAUAUAGCUUCCACACUCAACUUGGAGUAUAUUUCAUCGGUCUCUCUGUUUUCCAUAUUACGGAAUACCUCUUGACAGCUCUGUUUAAAGAAAACAAACUCUCCUUGGACUCAUUCUUGUUGAACCACUCAACCGCUUACCAUCUAGCCCUAACAGCAGGGAUGGUGGAAUACUUAAUUGAGUAUGUUAACUUGGAGGAGGACAAGUUCUACCCGGUCAUGAGUUAUGUUGGAGGAGUGAUGAUAAUUGCAGGGGAUCUCACAAGGAAGAUAGCUAUUAUUACUGCUGCGGAGAACUUUGACCACCUGGUUCAGUCUAAGAAGGCAGCUGAUCACAAGCUGGUAAGAAGCGGUAUAUACUCCCUGUCCCGGCACCCUUCCUACGCGGGCUGGUUCUACUGGAGCAUUGGAACACAGCUCCUCCUUUGUAAUCCUGUCUGUAGUAUUGGAUAUGCUUACGCUUCUUGGAAAUUCUUCGAGGAGAGGAUCGAAGAAGAAGAGUGCUACCUGCUGCGCUUCUUUGGUUCGGAAUACAGGGACUACAAAGAGCAAGUUGGCAUUGGAAUACCUGGAAUCAAGGGUUACACUAUUUCUCCUGAAUUCAACGAAUUCCUUAACCAAGUUAAGAAUGAGUGAUGAUCCACCAAUAAAAGCAGGGUGUCUGAAUUAUUGGCGUGUUUGAAUUGUUAUGUGUACUUUAUGGCGAAAUCAAUGUUUUUCAACGGGUCAUAACUUUACUUGUAUAAAAGAUUUACCAUCAGAAGUCAAGUAAUGGUCGUUUUUGAAAGCUUGGGUAAGCCUAAAAUUCACGGAAAAUUGUUUACGUGCCAAUAAUUAUACCACCCAACCCUGCUGUACAUUCCAUUCUAUCUACUCUCAGCAAAAGUGGUUGAUUCACUUUCUACUUCAUAUUAUUUAAUCAGUAUUUGUCAAUUAUUCGUGGUAUAAUGGGUUUAUAUAUAUUGUUUGAAGCAACGUUCGACAAUUAUCAGGGGUAUGAUGGGAUAACUCCAGAAAAUUACGCUUUGUAAUUUAAACUAUGUAACUUUUCUUGGCUUUAUACCGUUUGAUAAUUUAUAUUAAUAAAGUAAUAGUAUUCUAAGCGAUUCUAUCGCUGAAAGGUUGAUACAAAUAAAGCCUAAUUUCAUCGAGUCCUAGGUUGAAUCCUACUGUUAGAAUGUUAUUAGUGCAAUACUGCAAUAGGCUGUACUCGACUAGUGGUAGGUGACGUAGAUUUUUGGUAGAAAAAGUUAGAAUAUAAUCAAAUUUUACACUGGAAUACAUAAUAAAUAUAAAAGUUUAAAUCAUUAUUAUAAUUGAAACAUAAUAAUUUAAAUUUACAAACUUUUUCCAAACCCUGUUGAUAUUUUUGUCAAUUAUGUCGCCUUCCUACUAUUAGUCGAAUUCCAAUGUUCUGUGUGCUGUUAAGUGUAAUAUAUACUAUUGUGUUUCCUUGAUCUGUAAUGAUUAAAUUUUUAAUAUAACUUAUUUUCCUAGCUCGUCUCAUCAGUUGUUGCUGAUGGAAUGAAUAGUUAUUCAAUAUGAGUUCUUAAAAUUUUAGGUGUGUUUGAAUUUUUACCUAUUUCAGCGUUUUUCAACGUAUUUCAGCGUUUUUCAACGUAUUUCAGCGUUUUUCGACGUAUUUCGACGUAUUUCAACGUUUGUGCAUUUUAGGGGAAAAGCUUCAACAGAUCCAUUGUUUCGGUUAAUCACGACCGAGCGUAUAUUCUUAAUUAAUAUUCUUGAUUAUAAAACAGUUGAUAAACUUACUAAUAUACUGUAAUAUCAGAAAUUCAUUUAUAUUUUCUCUGUACAGUUCAUAUUUGAAAUUUUCUACAUUAUAA